UUAAUCGACCUUGAAUUAGAUGUUGUUUGGAGAGAUAGAAAAACUAAAAUCAUUGAUCUUUUUAGAAAUUUUAUUCCUGUUCAACCGCCUCCGUAUCCUUAUCCAACGCCUCCAAUUAUACCAUUGAUAUCAAAACAUCGACCUAAACCUUCUCGAGAAACUGAACUUAUUCUUAUACCUGAUCUGGAUAUUGAUGAAAUACUUGGAGAAGUGCAAUCUGUUAUACCCGAUAUUGACCUUGAUGCUGCACGUCAAACCAUCGUAUCCAUGAAUCCAAU